CUUGAGCUUGAACUUGCAGCACUCCGCUCUUCUUGCGAACCCCAUCUUUCAGUCUUGUCGUGACCCUGUCACUCGGUUGGCACUGCUUUCUGGAACUCAGUUGUGGCCUCAACGAGCCGUUAUGUCUGAAGAUGACCGCGCAGCAAAGGCUGCCCGAGCACGAGCGUUGCUGAAGAAGAAGCAGCAACAAAAGGCAGCAGGCGGUGGCUCGAUUGCAAGCCCCACAGUCGCCUCACCUGUUCUGCCUCCGUCCAGGGCAUUCUCACCAGCACCAUCUGAGAUUACUCUCGUAAAUCCGGAGGACCAGAGAGCCGGACGAAACGUGGGCGACCUAUUCUCCGGUGGACAACUCGGCGAUGGCGGCGGCGACAUCAGUUGGCUGUCAGGGUUGAAUCGAGUCGAUGCCCAUCUUCCGCUGGCGACAGCCUCCACUUCUCCCCCUGCCGUGUCUUCUCCUGCGCCCGUAGUCUCCCAUGGGGCUGCUACUCCUGAAGCUACAUCAACCGUCGCUAGCGGGCAGGGCGAACUGCAUGCCAAGAUUGCUGAGCUCAACACUAUCGUUUCUGCGUUGGAAGCAGAGAAGCAUGGCCUCAAAGACGUCGUGGAAAGGCUGAAAGAGACCGAAACCAAUGCGCAGCGCACGCAGAAGAGAAACUUCAGCGAGUCGAAGCCAAUGCACAGCAGACGGAACGGUCGCUACACGAGGAACGCCAGACGAAUGUGCAGCUCCAAGACCGCAUACAGCAAUUGGAGGCCGGUAGUUCUGCUGUCUUAGCCAAACUCAAUGAGCGGGAUGCGGCUAUCGCCUCACUAUCGGCACAAAAAGACAGCUUGAACGGACGCAUACAUGACCUAGAGACAACCCUUCAGGAACAUUACAGCCGUAUAGCAGAGCAGCAACAGACCAUUUCGUUAUUGGUCUCCGAGAAGACUUCUUUGACGUCGUCUCUAGAGCAGCUAGAGGAUG